UUUAUCAAUUAACAGAUAGUAAUCAAUUUAAGCAAACAGUUUAUAGAUUUUUUUUCGACUACUACGCCCAUGAAUUAGGUUUAACCUAUAAAACCUAUAAUUUUCAUCAAUUGAAUGAUGACAAUAAUCUAGAUAAGAUAACAAUUAAUAAAUUGUUGCAAAAUUUUUCAAUAGUCACAAAUUAUGCUAAUAAUUACUGUAAAACAGCAGGUCGACAAUUAAAACUAGAUAGAGAUUUUCAGGUUUUGGAAACAAUUGGCCAUGGUGCAUUUGGUAAUGUUUAUCGUGUCAAAAAUAAAUCUAAUGGCAUUAUAUAUGCUAUUAAAUCGAUAAAAUUUAAUGAAAAACAAAUAACUGAUUACUUAAACUAUCAAAAAGAGAUGCAAUCGUUGAUUAGAUGCCGUUCACCAUAUGUUGUCGACCAUAUAUUUUCGUGGUUUGAAAAUCAAACCUAUUUCAUCCAGAUGGAAUAUUGCCUGGAUAAUUUGAAAACAAUUAUAGACAAGAAAAACGAAAUUUUCAAUAAUAAUUAUCCAAUCGAAACCAAACCGCUUAAAACUAAACGUCUAAUGUCUAGUUUGGAAUAUUAUAUAUCCGGUCUACUAUACUAUCAAUUAGUAGAAUGUGUACAACAUAUACAUCAACUAAAACCUAAACCAUUCAUACAUACGGAUUUGAAACCGGAUAACAUACUGAUUGUUGGCUACAAAAAACAAUUGGCAAACAAUAGUUUUAUUGACUAUCGGCUAAAACUGGCCGAUCUAGGACUGGCCACUGUUUGCAAUGAUAAUAACGAUAUAUGUUGUUUCAAAGGUACACCAUCUUAUAUGGCACCUGAAGUUCGUUGCGGUGGACAGUAUAGCCAAAAAUCCGAUGUCUACAGUCUGGGUAUUAUUGGCGAACAAUUAUUCAAUAUAUGUAUACCAGAACCCGAAACAAUUGACAGCUACUUUGGACACAAUUUAUACGAUAAAAUAAAUCAUCUAGCUAAACAAUUACGAUUAAUUACAUCAACAAAACCAAUCGAUAGACCUAAUUGUUCACAAAUUAUUGACGAUACUGAUGGAUGGUUAAUAACAUUUGACGAAAUUUUUAAUGCAGAAAAUUUUCAUAACGACCUAAAUAUGCUUAAACUAAAUGAUUAUAAAUUGUUUUAUGAAUUAAUUAAAAUCAAUGUCUAAAA